AUGCUGUACUUCCAGCUGGUGAUCAUGGCCGGGACCGUCAUGCUGGCCUACUACUUCGAGUAUACUGACACCUUCAGCGUACACGUGCAGGGCUUCUUCUGCUACGACACCACCUACACUAAACCGUACCUGGGACCGGAGGACAGCAGUGCCGUACCGCCCGUCCUGCUGUACGCUGUGGUGGCCGGGCUGCCCACGCUGCUGAUCACAAUAACAGAGACCGUGCUGUUCCUGGUCCAAUACACGUCCAAAGAGUUUGACCGGUCAGAGAAGACGGUUGCCACGGGGGACUGCUGUUACCUCAACCCACUGGUGCGCAGGACCUUUCGCUUCCUCGGAGUCUACACCUUUGGCCUCUUCACUGUUGACAUCUUUGUCAACGCAGGCCAGGUAGUGACGGGGAACCUGGCACCGUAUUUCCUGACAGUCUGUAAGCCAAACUACACAGCUCUGGGCUGCCAGCAGGCCCUGCGCUACAUCAGCCACCAGGAGGCCUGCACAGGAAACCAGGAUGACAUCCUGCGCGCCCGCAAAACCUUCCCAUCCAAGGAGGCAGCGCUCAGUGUGUACGCUGCUCUCUACCUGGCUAUGUAUGUGACGUGCACGGUGCAGGCGAAGGGCACUCGUCUGGCCAAGCCGGUGUUGUCUCUUGGGCUCAUGUGUCUGGCCUUCCUCACCGGUCUGAACCGCGUAGCUGAAUACCGCAACCACUGGUCAGAUGUCAUCGCUGGCUUCAUCAUUGGAACCUCCAUCGCCACCUUCCUGGUGGUGUGUGUGGUCCAUAACUUCAAAGGCAAGUUAUUGCUGUGUGAGGAUUCACCAGGAGAGCAGAGGCCCAACCCGGCCAUGUUGAACAUGGGCCAUGUGGAGAGUCCUCUAGAGAAGUACAUUGCCUCACAGAAUCACAUCGCCUUCGCUGAGGUCACAUGA